CUCGAAACUCGAUACCACAAAGUAUCGAUACUUUUUUCGUGUUCCUAACUCUUGCACAAAAUAAAAUUUAUUUUAAAUCAGUGUGUUGUGGGAACUGUAAUUUUUUUCCUAAGUGAAUAUUCUUGCAAUAGAAACAUUAAAAAAUUAGAUUCGAAAUAAUUAAUUUUCUUCGGUUUUUAAAUAAUGUUUUCCUACUACAAUAACAUAUGAUUUCAAAAUAUGCACUCAAAAUAAUGUUUAUUUCCGCUAAUAUUUAAUACAAGAUAUCACGAUGGUUUUUGAAUCAAUUGUCGUAGAUGUGCUUAAUAGAUUUCUUGGUGACUAUGUCGAAAACUUAAACAGGUCACAAUUAAAACUUGGAAUUUGGGGCGGUGAUGUUGUUCUUGAAAAUUUAAUACUUAAACAAAAUGCAUUGGAAGAGCUCAAUAUUCCUGUUCAGACUGUUUAUGGCCACUUAGGAAAACUUGUACUAAAAAUACCAUGGAAAAAUUUGUAUGGUGCAUCAGUAGAAGCGACUAUAGAGAGAUUAUUUCUAAUUGUAAAUCCUACUGCUGAAAUCAAAUAUGACCCAGAAAAGGAAGAAAAAAUGGCAUUGGCUGCCAAGCAAGCUGAACUUGCUAGAGUUGAAGAGGCCAAGAAAAAAGAGGCAGAGAAAGAUCAAAACAAGUUAGAUGAAACAUUUGUUGAGAAACUGGUGACUCAAAUAAUCAAGAAUGUGCAACUUAAAAUAACUGACAUUCAUGUUAGGUAUGAAGAUAGUAUAACAAAUCCUAAAGCCCCUUUUUCUUUCGGAAUUACCCUUCAUAACCUCUCCGUCCAUACAACAGAUGAAAAUUGGAAGCAGACAGUAAUACAGGAAGCUGUGACUAAAAUUUUCAAAAUUCUCAGUUUAGAAGGUUUGGCUAUAUAUUGGAAUCCAGCAACUGAAUUAUAUUCCAAAUCUGAUGCAGAAAAUAUUAAAACAAAACUACAUACAGAAAUAGCGACAAAAUCGUCUCAACCUUCAUUCUAUAAAUAUGCUUUGGGUCCAAUUAAUGCCACUGCUAAAUUAAAAUUAAAUCCUAAACCAGAAGGGGACACACCUAAAUUUAGCAUUCCAAAAGUGGUACUGGAUUUGCACAUGGAACAAUUGUCAGUCAGUAUGACUAAAUCCCAAUAUCAAGACAUGAUGCUCUUGGCUGAUUCCAUGGACAGAAUGAGCAAAGGAGCUCCUUACAGAAAGUAUCGUCCAGACUUGAAGAUAUACAAAGGUCACUAUAAAGAUUGGUGGCACUUUGCGUACAAAUGUAUUUUAGAGGAAGAAGUCCGCAGACGUAGAAAUAAUUGGAAUUGGGAUCACAUGGUGGCUCACCGACAACUCUGUAAAGAUUACGCCUCAGCGUAUCAGAACAAGUUAAGCUGUAAAGGCAAAGUACCCUCAGAGAGUCAAUGCAUCAUAGACAAGGCAGAAAAAACGUUAGAUCUUUUUAACUUGGUUGUUAUCAGACAACGUAUUGAGAUGGAGGUGGAAAGAUUAGGCAAGUUGGAGGCGGAAGCGAAGAAAUCUCGCGGCUGGUUCAGUGGCUGGUGGUCAGGAAAUAUUUCGAAGGAUGAUGAACUCACGGAAGGCGUUGCGAUCAUAAAACAGUUCGAGAAGGCGAUGACACCAGAAGAAAAGGAGAAACUGUUCCGUGCGAUCGAUUAUCAGGAGAAUACAGCGCCAUUGCACCUGCCGGCCGAGUACGUGGCUGUGGAGGGGCACUUCCGCCUCGACCGCCUCGCGCUGGCCGUGACCGACGCGCGCGAGGUGCUGCGCGCCUGCCUCGAGACCGUCGCGCUCGACCUACAGCAGCGGCCCAGCGCCAACGCGCUCAGAGUCGAUGUUCAAAUGCGCGCGUUUACAGUGACAGGAAAAUGUCAAGACAGUUUCGAACCUCAAUUAGUCACAUCUAAGGAAGUCUCGAAAGACGUUAAUUUGUUAAACGUUCUUUUCGAAACAAACCCUCUAGAUGGCACCUGCGAUCAACGCGUAAAAGUGCGGGCUCGUCCUCUCCAAAUAGUUUACGACGCUCAAACCGUCAUAGAUAUUGUCAACGUCUUCAAACCUCCGAGUGAAUCCACCGCCUUAACUACUUUACAAGCGGCAGCUGAAAACAAGUUGUCGGACUUGAAAGAAAAAUCAGCUUUAGGAAUGCAGUACGCAGUUCACCAUCACACGUUUAUCGAUUUAGAUAUUGAUAUCGCUUCGUCUUUUAUCAUUGUUCCGCAAACUGGAAUAUACACGGGGUCGGAGGCGUGCGCGGUGGUGAAGCUGGGCGCCAUCAGCGUGCGGUCGGAGCCGCGCGCCGCGCCGCUGGACGUGCACGCGCUGCACCGCGCCGGCCUGCCCGAGCGCGACAUCCUGCGCGAGAUCGCCGCGCACAGCUACGACCGCAUGGCGCUGCGCCUCGCCGAGAUGCAGGUUGUUGUUGCAUCUCCAAAUGAAGAUUGGCAUUCGGCUAUCGCAUCUAAUGAAGCGACUUCACUUCACUUGCUGCAGCCUACAAACUUGCUCAUACAAAUACACAAGUGUUUAAUAACUGACGACCCCAGGUUGCCCAAAAUUAAAGUUAUGGGUGAACUAGAAAAAAUUGCGAUCAACGUAUCGGAGGAUCGGUUAUUGACUUUAUGCGAAAUAUUAGUGAGCAUGCCGUUGCCGCAAUCUGAAGAAGCGACACAGCUUAAGGCAAGUGAUUCCAGAGCGUCAAGCUUGUCGCUUUUGAAAUAUCUUGAUCCAGUAGAAAAACAAAAAAGAGACACAGCACGUUCUAAGCAACGUAAAGGAGAGGAACACUCUGUCCAACUGACAGAAGUGGAGGCAUUCUUUAUUAUGAAAGAAUUGAUAGUAAGUGUCAAUCGAAAGACAAAAUUAGAAGCAAGCGAGGACUACGAAAAGUUUUUGGUGUUUUCUUUGAACUUGUUAGAAUUAACUGCAACUCAAAAGACAUUCACACUCGAAGCUACAGUCCGUCUGGGCUCUGUCAACAUGCAGCAUCAUAGAGCUGGCCACAACAUUAUUAGUAUGAUAGAAACACCCGAAGUUCUUAACACUGGAACCGAAAGAACAGAUGAAGAUAAUGUCAAUCAGUAUUUGUUUACUGUUACUUAUAGCAAUGUGGACAAGAAGUGCCCAGAAUUCAGAAGUCAUUAUGGUUCUGUAGAGCAAAUGAUUGAGCUCGAUUUUACAACGCUAAAAGUUUUAUUACAUCUUCAAGGACUGCAAGAAAUUUUGGUGAUUGUUAAUGAAUAUCAGACAAGAUUACAAGCAAUUCAGAGCUCUGUAGAUAGAUAUGCGAAUGCUGGACCUUUAGAGACAAUAAUGGAAGAAGAGGAGCUUUCUGUUGCUAAGUUGAAAGUAAACGUAGCAAAACCUUCUCAUCGCAAGCAAGUGGAGAGCAUUCAGUUGAAAGUGAACGUCAAGAUCGGAGCGAUAGAGAUUGGUUUCGAGACAGAUACUAGACCGUUGUCGAUCAUGAAACUGCAAGGCGCUGCCGCCGGUCUUAUAUUGAAGAGCUCGUACACACAAGUUGAUUGUACUAUCGCUUCCAUCAAAGUAGAAGAUUUGAAUCCUGAAACAUUACAUAAAGAGAUACUAAAAGUUCUCGGAGGUGAUGUAAUAAACGUGCAAAUCGUAAUGUACAAUAUAGAACAAUAUCCCAGCGUUAGUGACGUGAACAUGUCUAUUGAUGCACAGAUUAACUGUCUUCGCAUCGUAUUCCUGAAUUGGUUCGUCUCUUCAAUGCUGGAGUUCCUGAGCAACUUCCAGGCGGCGCAGGCGGCGCUGCUGUCGGCGUCGUCGCAGGCGGCGGACGCGGCGCGCGCCAACGUGCAGAGCGCGUACGCCAACUCCACCAAGCUGGCGCUGCGCCUGCGCCUGGCCGCGCCGCUCGUGCUCGUGCCCGAGAGCUGCGCCUCGCGCCGCGCGCUGCUGCUGGACCUCGGCCGCAUGGCGCUGCGCAACCGCUUCGUCGACCUGCCCGUCGCGGACGUAAAUAACAAGGUCACAGUAGACGAAUUGAUGCUCGAAUUGGAAGAUAUGAAAGUGUCCUGUGUGUCCUUAAAAGAAGAUUAUCAAGAGACACUGCACGAACGUAAAUUACUGCGACCGACUAGCUUCAAGCUUUAUGUGAAGCGAAGUCUCUCUUCUUGGUACGAAGCGCUACCCGACUUAGACAUAUCUGGGAGAAUGAAAACUAUUGCAAUUACAGUAGGCCACAGCGAUUACAAAAGUAUAAUGAACAUUCUGAAUCAAAAUCUUCAAGAGGGUCAAUCCAAAACGGAAGAAAUAAAAUCUCAAUCGAACGUUUCUAAAGUAACAUCUAAGACUACAGUCAAGAGUCAAACCAGUAAAGCACAAACGAAAUCAACUGUGGCAGUUGUUACACCCACUGAUACCAAAAUGCCACGGACAACUAUUAAGUUUUCAUUCACUAUGGACAGUUUUGUUAUUGACCUUAUGAAUACAAAUGGCUCGGAGGAUUUGAUGUUUGUAAAGGACGUAGAGUUAGCCCGGUUUUGUUUGGCGCUGCUGUCUGUGAAGGGCCGAAUGUUCUCUGAUAGUUCCAUACAUACAUCUGUCUUACUAGUUGACUGUACACUGGACGAUACUCGACCAGGACGUGGAGCUAAAAUAACGAGAUAUUUAGAAAGGCGUCGCGAUCAACAAGAAAGAAAACUAAGUCCGUCAGAUGACGGUUCAGUUGAUAUCAUGGAAACGCAUGAGAAAAUACGAAGCAUGAUCGACAUUACUUACACAAUGAAGAAUGGCGAUACAUUCAUCGAUAUGAGAAUUUUUAGCUUUAAUCUAAUCUUAGCAAUGGAUUUCCUGAACAAGAUAGCUGAAUUUAUGACGACAGGCUUGACUGAUGAUACUCCAACAACUCCCAAGGAGGAAAUUAAACUUAUUAAAUCACAGACAGAAAAAUCUGCUGCUACUAAGAAGAAAGUGUCAGUCGUAUCAGCGCCGUCGUUAAUGGAGCAGCCUCAAGAACUGUCUAUGAUGACUGUCAACAUUAAGAUCGAGCAACCGGAUAUCAUAUUAGUGGAGUCCUUGGAGCAGAAGGAGUGUGAUGCUUUAGUGUUAAAUAUGGAGGCGCGGCUCAAGCUGCGUAAGACGGGGGAGCGCAUGGUGGCGGAGGGCGGUGUGUCGGGGCUGCAGCUGGCGGCGCGGCGGCUGGGCGGCGCGGGCGGGGCGGGCGGCGCGGGCGGGCGGCGCGGGGCGGGCGCGCCGCGCUGGCUGCUGGCGCCCGCCACGCUGUCGCUGGCGCUGGCGCAGCCGCCGGGCCAGGGCAUGCACGUGGACGUCGCGCUCACCGACAUCAAGAUCACCGUGUCGCCAGAUAUCAUAGCUUUGUUGAACCGUGUGCUGGCGACAAUGACGAGUCGCGAAGAAGAUAAUGUAGAACAAGAGAACAAGCCCAUUUUUUAUAGUCAAUUGUGGGACCUGCAACCUUUAAAACCUAGUAAAUACUGGUUCUUAAAAACAGAAGAAGGCGUAGAAGCUAUUGACGUUGAAGAAGCGACCUUACAAGAAGUGGCUAAACCUCCAGCUGGCGAGAUCUGUCUCCUCUCGUGUCCGUCUAUUGUAUUAGCAUUGGAGAUGGAGAUCGGUAACGAGACCAUCCCUGUACUUGCUAUGCAGGCGUCGCUUACUGGAAAAGUGAAGGAUUGGAGUUCUGAUUUUUACAUGGAGUCGACGUGGGCUAUGCAAGUGUCGUAUUAUAACAUCGAACGAGCCAUGUGGGAGCCUCUCAUAGAGCCCAUAGAGAUACUCAAAGAUUCACAAUACGUACAUGUACCAUGGGAGCUUAAAAUGGAGGUGGAGAUGCGGCCGCAGGAGGGCGCGCAGUUGAUCGACACGACGGACGAGGCGGCCAACAUGGCGGCCGUGGCCACGCGCCGGCCCGCGCGCUCCGUCACCGUGUCCAGCUGCGAGCCGCUGGAGGUCACCUUCUCCCGCAGCGGCAUGGAGGUGCUAACUCAAUUGGCCAAUUCGUUUUCGGCUGCAGUCGGGGAAACCGACACGUCGAUUGUUGCUAAAGCAAAACAUGAAGAUAAUACUUCGAAUAAAAAAUACUUGGGUGCUCCUUACGUGCUACACAACUGUACUGGACUGACAGCUAAACUCACAUUACAAAACAACGAUGAUUUCUCUGUAUUUCUCACUGAAGAAUACACUGCUUCGGAUUACAGGGAGGUUGUAUUGGAGCCUGGUGCUUGCGUCCCACUUCAGUUAAAACACGGUGGGCUUAACGUCAUGAAGCUAAAUGAACCGCCGCCGCCACUGAAAUUAAAUGUUAAGAUAGUAGAGAUGGAGGAGGAGAUCGUGAUACCGGUGGAGCGCGCAGACAAGCGCUACUUCUCGCUGGGCAGGCGGCCGCCGGGCGAGCCCGCCGCCGCGGAGCCGCGCGGGCUCAUCUCCGACGUCGUCAUGCAGGACGCCGCCAUGCACGUCUACCUGCGCAGCGUCGUGCAGGUGACGAACGCGCUCGCGGUGAGCGUGUGCGUGUACUACAUGACGGCGAGCGGCAACGAGGUGCGGCUGCUGGGCGCCGUGCCGCCCGGGCACACGCUGCGCCUGCCGCUGCGGGCCGUGCACACGCCCACCGCCGAGAUCUUCUUCUCCGUCGAGGGUUUCACAGUAUCCGUGUCUCCCUUCAUAUGGCGUGAGCUGCAACAGGAAGUUAACUUAUCGAAAUUAUUACAAUGUGAUUCUAAAGAUAAGAACAGUGGAGAAAAAUUCUACUUGCGGGCUGUAGGAACCAUGGAGCAAGUAUUCUUCGAACACACGAACCGCCACACAUUCGCGUCGUCAUGCUACGACAUUGUAUUAAAGCCGGCCGUGAAGUUGCAAAACUGUUUACCAGUACCUAUAUUAGUAUCGCAAUUAGGCUUACGUCGAACUCAAGUCUUCAGUCCCGGCGAAAUGUUCCACUUGUCACAUUUAGCUCCUAAUAAAGCUUCCAUCGUCAUUAUGAUCCAGAGCUACCUGGACAAGUGCUGGGUGUGCACGCGCAGCCUGCCGGCCGCGGACGCGGAGCUGUCGGUGUGGUCGUUCGAGUCGCACGACAGCCCGGCGCUCAUGACGCUGGAGCUGGGCCUGCACAGCGCCGACCUGGGCGGCACGCAGAUGCUCUCGCUCUACUGCCCCUUCUGGAUGCUCAACAAGACCGGCUUCACGCUCUGCUACCGGAAGUCAAAGAAACAAGAAAAAGAUUCCAGCUCACCUAACAAGAACGCCGACGAAACAAACAACGUAAUCUUUCACCCGAAAGACUAUAAGGAGCCAAUACUAUUUUCGUUCCGAGCGAAAAACUUUUUUGGUAAAAAGAAGGCGGCGAUACGAGUCGAAUUUGGGGAAUGGUCGGAUAAGUUCUCAUUGGAUGUGCCCGGAAGUUCUGGUGUUGUAAUUUGUAAGAAUGAAGGCAGAACCUACCAGGUGGCCGUAACCAACCAACUGACAUUUAACAGCUUAACAAAAAUGGUUAUUUUUACACCAUUCUUCCUUAUAAUUAACGAGUGUCCAUUCCCGAUACAAUACCAAGAGUUCAAUAGAUCGGCAGAUCCUUGGCAAGAGGUGGAACAAAACUCCAGUGCACCCAUAUGGCCAGUAAUAGAACGAGAGGACAAACUACUUUUGUUGCGAGUGUCGGGCUCCACAGAGCACGCCGCGCCCUUCUUGUACACCGAGCAACUUAGCGUCUGCUUAAAACUGAACAAUGAGUACGGGGGGCUGCACGUGGAGGUGCAGCUGAGCGAGGGCGGCUCGUACGUCACGGUGCGCCAGUACCGCGCCGGCCACGCGCCCGCGCUGCUCGUCAACUACUCGCCCUGCGCCGUCACCGUGCUCGAGAAGGACAACGUCAACGCGCGAAAUAUACCUUCCAUGCAUGAAAUGCUAUACACUUGGGAGAAUCCAGCCGGACCGCGUAUACUCACAUUCCAAGCGCAUAAGAAGAAGGAAAUCGAAAACGACUUACGAAAAGAUGGCAUUGGAGACUUUAUGAUAAACGAGACGCAGCACGUGUGGUGGGUGUCGUUCCUGGACGGGCUGCAGCGCGUGGUGCUGUUCACGGAGGACCCCAUCCUGGCCAGCGGCGCGCACACCAUCGGCGAGGCCGAGCCCGUGCACACGGAGCUGGUGCUGGCCGUGCAGGGCCUCGGCCUGUCGCUCGUGGACGACCGCGGCCUCGCCGAGAUCCUCUACGUCAGCAUCUCGAGUUCAGGUAUAAUAUGGGAGCAGUGUAAAAUCGGCGCACGGCGUUAUAAGAAGAUCGAAGACCCUAAAGCCAUACAAUUCGAAGAGGCGUAUCAACAUUAUCUGGUUAAGAAGGCUGUUGGCGAUAGUGAGAUAUCGCCACGUGUUAAAAUUGACGACAAAACUGAGAUCGACUUCGAGGAGAUGCGGCAGGUGCGGCCGCAGGCGCGGCUGGUGCGGCGCACGCAGGAGCCGGGCGUGUGGGCGGCGCUGGGGCUCACGGCGCACUCGCGGCGCCUGCACGCGCGCCUGCACCGCCUGCAGGCCGACCAGCAGCUGCCGCUGCCCACCUUCCCCGUGGCGCUGGCGCCCGUGCCGCCGCCCAAGUCCGUCGCCAACGACGACCCCUCCGGUACGAAACCGUUUAUCGAAGUGUCGAUAGUGGAACGUAUAAUGGAGCACACAAGUGUGCGGCAGUACAAGUACUAUAAAGUGCUGAUACAAGAAUUCCAUGUCAAAGUCGACAUGGGACUUAUUAACGCUCUUAUGGGAAUGUUUCCGCAGAGGGUGCCCACGGAACAGGAAGCCUUGGAUGCCUUCCAAUUGGACAUUGAGAAAGCGAGACAACCUCUAGAGGCACUAGCUGCGAUAGGUGCUGCCUCAGAUCUGAAGAACUUUUAUGAUAAUUUACAUUUAUCUCCACUUAAGGUGCAUGUAUCGUUUUCGUUGGGUGGAGCGACGCAGCUGCCUACAUUUGUAGGGACACUACUUCAAAGUAUUGGUGUCACGUUGACGGACAUGAAUGAUGUUGUUUUCAAAUUGUCGUAUUACGAGAGGAAUUAUGAAUUUUUAUCGCAAAAGGAGUUGAUCAGUCAAGUUCAAAGUCAUUACACCGGGCAGGCGCUGAAACAGCUUUACGUUCUUGUCCUCGGACUUGAUGUCAUCGGUAAUCCAUACGGUUUAGUCAUUGGAUUAAAGAAAGGGGUAGAAGAUUUGUUCUACGAGCCCUUCCAGGGCGCGAUCCAGGGCCCGGGCGAGUUCGCGGAGGGGCUGCUGCUGGGCGUGCGCUCGCUGGUGGGGCACACGGUGGGCGGCGCGGCGGGCGCCGUGUCGCGCAUCACCGGCGCCAUGGGCCACGGGCUGGCCGCGCUGUCGCUGGACAAGGAUUAUCAGCGACGUCGUAGAGAUAAUAUAAAUAAACCGCCUACCAACUUACAAGAGGGACUCGCUAGAAGCGGAAAAGGACUGGUCAUGGGUUUGGUGGACGGCGUGACGGGCGUGUUCACAAAGCCCUACGAGGGCGCGCGGGACCAGGGCGUGGAGGGAUUCUUUAAGGGGCUGGGCGUGGGCGCCGUGGGGCUCGUGGCGCGCCCCACCGCCGGUGUCGUCGAUUUCGCUUCCGGCUCCUUCGAUGCCGUUAAGAGAGCGGCUGAUUUGUCUGAGGAAGUGACAAAGCGCAGAGCACCGCGAUACUUAGGGCCUGACACUGGCGUCAGACCUUACUCUAGACUGCAAGCAGAAGGCUAUAAAAUGUUAUCCGAACUUGAAAAGGGUAAAUUUGUAAGCACGGACACAUACGAAGCCCACGUGUGGGUGAUUGCCGGUAAAGAGGUGGUCAUGUGCACAGACAAGCGAUUGCUUUAUUUGGAAAAGAACAACGUAUUCGGUGGCUGGCAGAUCGUGUGGACGUACCUGUGGUCGGAGAUCCCGGACGUGCCGACGUCGGUAGCGAAGGGCGUGUACGUGCCGACCGCCAAGAGGAAAGUGCUGGGCAUGUUCUCCAGCUCCGCUUCGGGGAAGGUCAUCUUCCUCUACGACGAGCAGCAGAAGAAGUACCUGCUCGCGCAGUGCCAGCGGCUCAUGAGCCGUUGACAUGAGGCCGUAGAAGGAACCUCGGCCGACUGGCCGAGAGAAUUCUUUCUACUUGUAUUCGAUUAUCGCACCGCGUUGCUUACUCUCGCCUAUCACUUUAAUCUGCACCACCUGACUCCGAGAGGUUUUCGCUGACUGUUUAAAUGUAUUUAUAUUUAUGACGUCAUAUGUAUAUGCAAUAGACUAGCUGGUACACUUUGCAUCGAAGAUAUAAUUAUCUCGUGCUUAGUGUCACGGUUGGAAUAAGCUCCCUUAUAUGUAAUCAUGUAUGUUUGUAAAUCAUUGUAUUUGUACAAUUACAUUGAUUGUAAAUCUGCGAGUAUGGUGUCAAGGAAUAAAUAAUGCCUUUAUAUAGAUACUUAUAAUGUUUUGUCGACCCGCCGUUACCUCUCUUUUUAAUUGUAUUCUUUUUAAUAGUAUUCUUUUUAAUAUUAACAAUUGUUUGUCUACUUUGUUCUGUAAUGAAGGAAACGUUUUAUAUGUGUAACAUAAACACUUCUUAUAAAAAUGUUUUAAAUGUUGUACAGGUACUUCGGAAUAUUGUUAUCUGUUUUACUCUUGUAUGUUUCGCUAAACCGAGUUCUUUAUUGACUGUAUUGCAUUUAUUUGAAAUUAAGAGAAAAUGCUAUAAAUAUACUACAAAGUUACGUUGUAAUUUCAGUUAAGUUUAUAGAUUUUUUAAUGAUUAAAGAAAAAUUGCUAAAUAUACUUCACAUUUGUUUUCAGCAUGACAUUGUAUUUGAUAAUAUGUAUGUAAUUUUUUUUGCUAUCGUUAGUUAUAAAAGUUUAAAGUGAGUACAAAGAACACCAAAUUCAUUUAACAUUACUUAUGUACCGGUAUCAGUGCCUUAUUCCAAGUGCGUACAAGUAUUGUAUAUUGUUGAGUAACAGCAUAAUCGAUUUUCAGUUAUUAUAAAUCUGUUUGUUAUUUGAAAAUUCUAUAUUAUGUUACAUAAUAUAUAGAGCUAGGAGUAAUAAAUGUUGAUUAUAUAAUAGGUCCAAUUGAUUUGGAGAUAUUUCAAACCUUGUAUGUAAUCUUAAAAUUAGAGUGGUGUGACAUUUCCUUCAUUUUUGUAAUGUUUAUAUUUUUUGAAAUAUUUACUACUUAACGAAGAAGGCAAACUUGGGACCAUUUACGAAACUCCCUUUUAUAAGCACAACGUUAUCUGUUUGCCUUCGCGUACCCUUUGAACGUAUUCAGACUAAGGAUCUGAUUUAAUUUUUGUACUCUGCUUAAAG